UUCCUUUUCUCUUCUUUCUGAGUGAUUGUAUUAGAGGGCAACAACCUGAGACAGUAUCUCAGAGCAUCAUUCCAAGGACACACCAGGAAGAAAAAUGGCCAAAUCUUUCCUAGUAUUCUCACUUUUGUCCUUUAUCUUGAUACAUUUGGUGUUAUCUUCUGUUUCAGGCCCUAGACACUGGUGGCCACCACAUGGAAUUAUUAAGGUGAAGUGUCCAUAUGAGAAAGUAAACUUGAGUUGGUACAAUGGAACAGUCAACCCCUGCCCUGGCUUAUAUCAACCCAUCUGCAGCACCAAUUUUAUAACCUAUGAUAAUCCCUGCAUCCUGUGUGUUGAGAGCUUGAAAUCUCAUGGAAGAAUCAGGUUUUACCAUGAUGGAAAAUGUUAGCUGAGUGGACUUGAACGUGGAAGAUAUCUUCCUUUUUUUUUCCUCCAUGUCUCCAAUUUCCCUCUUGCACUUUUUACAUCUCCUUGCAUUUGUUCUUGAUGACAAAGAGCUAUCAUUACUGAGCUUGUAGCAGACUGUUUAAAGUUCCUUCCAUGGACCUCUCCCCUCACUGAUUGAUUGCCUUCCAGAGUCUCCCUAAUAAAUAAACUUUUAUGAA